UAGGGCCUCUGAGAUAGUAACACCCAGGAGUUUAAAGUUACUGACCCUCUCCACUUCUGAUUCUCCAAUGAUUACUGGAUCAUGGACCUCUGGAUUCCCUCUCCUGAAGUACACAAUCAGUUCCUUGUUAUUAAUGGUAUUGAGUGAGAAGUUGUUAUAUUACACCACUUAGCCAAAUGUUCCCCUUGACUGCAGACAUCACCACAAGCAAGGAUGGGUUUUCCAAGCUGGGAGCUUCACCUUGAUCGCACAGCAUGAGAACCAGACACAGUUUCUCUGGGAGAAAACAACUGCUGGAGAUCUCUGUGGGUUACUUACCUUUCUGGCAUAUUUUUUUUAAAGAAAAUUCAAAUGUUUAAACCGGAAUAAGAAAUCUGGAUACAACACACCUUGUUAUGGCAACUGCUCUGUCCAAACUGUGACCACAGCACAGUCCAUCACUGAAACCAAUUUCCCCACUAUGGACUCUUUCUACACUUUCUGCCAUCAGGCAGAAGAUAGAAAGACUUGAAAGCACAAACUCAGUUUCUAUACUGCUGUUGAAUGGACCUCUCGUAGUUAAAAAGUGAACUUGUGAUCUCUCAACUAAUCUCCUCGUGCCCAUGUACUUUAUCUGUCUAUGUGAACUGCUCCUUUACUCCACAGGUGAAACACUAUUGUUGCACUGCAAAACUGCAUUCUGUUUUUCUUGCUGUCUCAGUGUACUUAUGUAUGGCAUGAUCUGUAUGGAAGAUUUUCACUGCAUCUUGGUACAUAGGACAAUAAUGAACAAACUGGAUUAUAACAGGGUUGGUCUGGUCAGAGCAGCUGCUUUUCUGGGACUCUGAUCAAAGCUGAUGAAGUCAUGAAAUUAUCCAGCACAGAAACGAUCCUUUCAGUACACCCUGGCCAUGCCCAAGUUCUGCUUCUGGAUAAUGCAACCCUGGGUAACAACUUCUCCAAUGGGAUUCGACCACUGAGCAUAUCCUCCCUGCUGGUAUGGAAGAGGACAGAAAUCAGAAUAAAGGGGAAGGUGGAGAAACAUAAGCUGGCAGGUGAUGGGUAAGAAACCGAUGUCGGAUUCUCAAUCCCCGGGGAAUUACCCAGUUUGCUGAGCUAUCUGCUUGAUCCCAAUGCCCGGCUCUCCAGGGACGAUGUUGGCGUUCUCUAACGCAUUCAUCCUAACGGCCGGAAUCAGCACUGGUAUUCCGUGGACAAGAGCCUAUUAACAGCAUCGACAGUCUCUGAAUACCUCUGGAUAAUAUAUGGAAACUCAAAAAGGAAGUCUAUGUCAAAGAUACAUACAUUUCCAGGAAUUGAAAUCAAAUGCUGGCAGUGAGGCCACACUUGAGGAAACAACAAUGUGUGUUCUUGGCACCGAGCUGCUGAAAGGUCAAGAUCCCACUCAGCGAUUUAACAUACAUUUCUACCAGGUUAUUAGUAAUGCAUUUAGUAGAGAAAAUUCAUCCAGUUUUGAUUUGCUUCAAAAAGCUUUUGAAGUCUUCGAGAGUCUUUGCAUCAAUCUUCUGAUAUACCCAUGGAGAAAAGAAUUUAAAAGGAUUAAAACCUUCACACCUGCCUUUGUGCACUAUGUUUGGACAGCGAUGUGCAGACUAGAUGUUCUAAAGUUGUUGGCAACCAUCGGCUUUUGCCAGGAGCAAGAAGCAGAGACAUACUGCUACAAGGAUCCCCAGCAAAUGCAACAUUUGAAGAAGCUUGCAUUUGAGUUCUUCCUUGCCCAGCUGGAAUGCAGACGUUUAGCAGACAUGCUGGGCAAUGGACGAAAGCAAGGUCCUUCUGAAGAUGGAAUGGGCUGCUUGUGUCUCCUGGGAGAGGGACAAAAGGAGCUUCUCAUUUUAAAACAUAAUUGCAGAGUUAAUUUGGGAAAACUGAGUGUAAGAGAGGGAUACAUUUUAGAGAAGCAUUGGCCACACACAUCCCUUUUAACAUAUUUACUAAACAGAGAAAAUGAAGAAGGAAAGACUACGAUAUCUUUCCUCCCUAAUGAACUGAAUUCGGCUUGCAAUGCUGUCUCAUGUGACAGUCUGAUUUAAAUUGGGAAAACGAGUACAGAGUUGGGAGCAGAAUCAGCAGAUGACUGGAAUGAUUUGCUACUGAAAGCAAAAGAUAAUCUCCCAGCAUAUCAGCUUGACAAUGAUCAUGAGUUGACGAUCAACUUCUAGCCUUGUAACUGCCAAACUUGUUGAUCACCUCUUGCUUUGCUUAGUUUGUCUAUGAUGUGGCUUAGCCAUUUGCACAGUGUGUUACUUGCAGAAUGCCAGCACUCUCCCUUAUGAUUGUGAGCAUGAGUUUUGCUCCUUCACACUAACAUUCCGAACAGGCAGUUGCUAGUUGAAAGUACUAAACACAAUCUGUGCAAUCAACAAAAACAACAGCUUGUAUUUUCUUUUAACAUAGUAAAACACUAUGAUGUUUCAUCAGAGCCUCAUUGAACAAAAAAUGAUGCUAACUCAUAAAAAGGCAGAUUUUAGGACUAACGACCUUGGUCAGAAACAUAUUUCAGGUAUCUCGGAAGAGAGAGUGGGUAAAG